CUUGUGGUCUCCUUUUGUUAUUUCCGUCUUUCCUCCCCACAGGAUGUGGUGUUGAUGCGCGCUCUCAGGGACAUGAACCUGCCAAAGUUUGUGUUUGAGGACUUGCCUCUGUUCCUCGGGCUGAUCUCAGACCUGUUCCCUGGGCUGGACUGCCCUCGUGUCCGCUAUCCCAACUUCAAUGAUGCUGUGGAACAAACCCUGCGGGAGAACAGCUGUGUCAUACUGUCUAACCAGGUGGAUAAAGUGGUGCAGAUGUAUGAGACGAUGAUGACCAGACACACUACUAUGGUGGUGGGCCCAACAGGUGGAGGGAAAUCGGUUGUAAUCAACACAUUAUGUCAAGCUCAGACCAAAUUGGGAUUACAAACCAAGAUAUAUCCUCUGAACCCUAAAGCCAUGAGUGUGAUUGAACUUUAUGGUAUUCUGGACCCUGACACUCGAGACUGGACUGAUGGGAUCUUAUCCAACAUCUUCCGUGACAUCAACAAGCCUACUGACAAAAAAGAGCGGAGGUACAUCCUGUUCGAUGGGGAUGUGGAUGCUCUUUGGGUCGAGAAUAUGAACUCGGUGAUGGGUGACCACAAGCUCCUCACUCUAGCCAACGGAGAACGGAUUCAUUUACAGAGUCACUGUGCCAUGCUGUUUGAGGUUGGAGAUCUGCAGUAUGCUUCCCCCGCUACUGUUUCCCGCUGUGGGAUGGUUUUUGUUGAUCCCAAAAACCUGCGAUACACCCCAUACUGGCAGAGAUGGGUGAACAACAGAUCUGGCGGGGAACAAGACGUGCUCAACAAACUGUUCGAGAAGUAUGUGCACAGCUCUAUUGACAUGAUUGUGGAUGGAAUCGUUGAUGGGAAACAGGGCCCAAAACUGAAGACUGUUGUCCCUCAGACAGAUCUGAACAUGGUGACUCAGCUGUGUUUGACACUGGAUGCGCUGCUUGAGAUUGAGACUAGUAGAGCUGAAGUCCUGGAGUGUUACUUCCUGGAAGCUCUGUACUGCUCACUAGGGGCCACAUUGCUGGAGAGCGGCAGGACCAAGUUUGAUGAGUUCAUCAAAAGGCUUUCCUGCUUAACCUCAGUGAAUGAUGAGAACAUGCUGGCUGGACCUGGUGAGAUCCCAGGAUACCUCCCGACUCUCUAUGAUUUCCAUUUUGAUGGAACACAGGAGAGGUGGGUUCCCUGGAGUUCCCUGGUCACCAGAUACAUCCACAACCCUGAAAUGAAGUUUGCUGAUAUUCUAGUGCCAACUAUCGACACCACGAGAGCCAGCUGGAUCCUGGAACAGAUGGUGAAGAUAAAGAGGCCAGUGCUUCUGGUGGGAGAGUCUGGCACCUCCAAGACCGCUACCAUUCUGAACGUCCUGAAGAACUUGAAUGCAGAUACAACUAUUACUCUGAUCAUCAACUUCUCAUCCAGAACAACGUCAAUGGACCUACAGAGAAACUUAGAAGCCAAGGUAGAGAAAAGGACCAAAGAGAUCUAUGGGCCUACAGUGGGGAAGAGACUGCUUGUCUUUAUGGAUGACAUGAAUAUGCCAAAGGUGGAUAAUUACGGCACACAACAGCCUAUCGCACUUCUGAAGCUGUUGUUGGACCGGGGAGGCAUAUAUGACAGAGGGAAGGAGCUUAACUGCAAAAUUCUCAAGGACCUUGGCUUUAUUGCUGCCAUGGGAAAGGCAGGAGGUGGGAGGAACGAGGUGGAUCCCCGCUUUAUCUCGCUCUUCAGUGUUUUCAGCAUCCCCUUCCCUGCAGUGGAGUCCCUCCACCUUAUCUACGCUUCUAUUAUCAAAGGCCACUGCAGACCAUUUGAGGACGCCAUACAGAAAGUUUGUGAUAAGGUCACCUUCUGCACUCUGGAACUGUACAACAACAUCAUCAAAGAUCUUCCACCCACUCCCUCCAAGUUCCACUACAUCUUCAACCUGAGGGACCUGUCAAGAGUCUACAAUGGACUGACCAUCACCAAACCUGAUGGGUUUUUGACUGUCACCCAAUUUGUGCGUGUCUGGAGAAAUGAAUGCCUGAGAAUCUUCCAUGACAGACUCAUUGAUGAAACUGACAAAGCCUUGGUCCAAGGCCACAUAAAGAACCUGAUUGAAGAGCAUUUCAAGUCUGACAUGGAAGCAGUCAUGAGGGACCCAAUUCUUUUUGGAGACUACAGGACAGCCCUCAGUGACACUGAACCAAGGGUCUACGAGGACAUACAGGACUACGAUGCUUCAAAAGCUCUCUUUCAGGAAAUUCUUGAGGAAUACAAUGAGAACAAGUCGAGGAUGAACUUAGUACUGUUUGAUGACGCUGUGGAACAUCUGACCCGUGUGCACCGCAUCGUCCGCAUUGAUCGUGGCCACGCACUACUCGUCGGUGUGGGGGGCUCUGGCAAGCAGUCCCUCACCAAGCUCGCUGCCUUCACUGCCGGCUGUGAGAUGUUUGAGAUAACACUAAGCAGAGGAUACAGUGAGUCAAACCUCCGUGACGACCUGAAAACACUGUACUUGAAGCUUGGCAUUGAAAAUAAGAAGACAGUGUUCCUCUUUUCUGAUGCACAUGUUGUUGAGGACGGCUUCUUGGAACUCAUUAACAACAUGCUCACCUCAGGCAUUGUGCCUACAUUGUUCCCUGAUGAUGAGAGGGAGUCACUUCUCAACCAGCUUCGUGAUGAGGCUCUUAAGAUGGGAGCAGGUCCUUCCAAAGAGAGUGUGUGGCAGUACUUUGUCAACAAGUGCGCCGACAAUCUACAUGUUGUUUUAGGCAUGUCUCCAGUGGGCGACACCUUGAGAACACGCUGCAGGAACUUCCCAGGACUGAUGAACAACACUGUGAUAGACUGGUUCCUGCCGUGGCCUCCACAGGCGUUACUUGCAGUGGCUCAGUCUUUUCUCGGUGAAAGUCCAAUGAUUCCUGUGGCACACUCUGCAGCAGUGAUAGCUCAUGUAUGCAUGGUCCAUAGCUCUGUGGGUGACUACAGCAAGCUCUUCCAGCAGAAACUCAGGCGUUGUAACUUUGUUACUCCAAAGAACUACUUGGACUUCAUUAGCACCUACUCUAACCUCUUGGAGGAAAAGGACCAAUCUAUCCUGGCUCAGUGCAAGCGUCUAGAGGGAGGUUUGGAUAAACUGAAGGAGGCCAGUGAGCAGCUGGCUGAGCUGAAUGUCAAGCUAGCAGAGCAGAAGGUGGUCCUCGCUGAAAAGUCCACAGCUUGUGAGGCCCUGCUGGAUGAGAUCACCACAAACACCACUGUAGCUGAGGAGAAGAAGACUCUGGCAGAAGACAAAGCCAAAGAGAUUGAAGAGCAGAACAAAGUGAUAGCUGUUGAGAAGAAAGAGGCUGAAAGCUCCCUGGCUGAGGCUCUGCCGGCAUUAGAGGCAGCCCGCAACGCCCUGCAAGACCUGGACAAAUCUGAUGUCACAGAGAUCCGAUCCUUUGCCAAGCCACCCAAACAGGUGCAGGUGGUUUGUGAGUGCAUCCUGGUGAUGCGUGGCGUCAAGGAGAUCAGUUGGCAGUCAGCCAAGGGGAUGAUGUCAGAGGCUAACUUCCUGCGCUCGCUGAUGGAGAUGGACUGUGAUUCCAUAAAUAACAACCAGGUCAGGACUGUCAAAGGCUUCCUAAAGAACCUCCACACGACCUUUGAGGAGAUGCAAGCCAUCAGUAAGGCUGGCUCGGGAAUGCUCAAGUUUGUUGAGGCUAUCAUGGGUUACUGUGAUGUUGCCAGGGAGAUAAAACCCAAAAGAGAGAAGUUGGCACGCCUAGAGAAGAACUUCUUUCACAGUAAGCGGGAGCUGGAGCGGAUUCAGAGCGAACUUACCAAAAUCCAGAAAGAGUUGAAGGCUCUUGGAGAAAAGUACCACGCCGCUAUCGGGGAGAAACAGCUGCUACAAGAGGAGGCUGAGCUCAUGGAGAGGAGGCUGAUAGCUGCUGACAAACUAAUUUCUGGCCUGAGCUCCGAGAAUGAACGGUGGACACAAGAUUUGGAGGAGUUGAAGCAGCGUCGCGUGCGUCUCCUGGGUGACUGUCUGAUCUCUGCUGCUUUCCUGAGCUACGAAGGGGCCUUCAGCUGGGACUUCAGGAAUGAAAUGGUAUACCAAAUAUGGGUUAAAGAUGUGCAGGAGAGAGGCAUCCCCUUAAGCCAGCCUUUCAAAUUGGAAAACCUUCUGACUGAUGAGGUAGAAAUCAGCAGAUGGGGCUCAGAGGGCUUGCCUCCAGAUGAGCUGUCAGUGCAGAAUGGAAUCCUCACAACCAGAGGGAGUCGAUUUCCCAUGUGUAUUGACCCUCAACAACAAGCCCUCAACUGGAUUAAAAAGAAGGAAGAAAACAAUAACCUCAAGAUCUCAUCUUUUAAUGACCCAGACUUCCUGAAGCAGCUAGAGAUGGCCAUCAAAUAUGGAUUCCCAUGCCUUUUCCAAGAUGUGGAUGAGUACAUCGACCCAGUGAUUGACAAUGUCCUAGAGAAGAAUGUAAAAGGAGCAGAGGGCAGACAGGUCAUCGUGCUGGGUGACAAGGAAGUUGACUAUGAUCCCAACUUUAAACUUUACCUGAACACCAAACUGGCUAACCCUAAAUAUUCCCCAUCAGUGUUUGGAAAAGCCAUGGUCAUUAACUAUACUGUGACCCUUAAGGGUUUGGAGGACCAGUUGCUGAGUGUUAUCAUGGGCUUUGAGAAGAAGGAGCUGGAGGAGCAGCGUGAGACUUUGAUCCAAGAGACAAGCAACAAUAAGAAACUGCUGAAGAACCUCGGGGACUCCCUGCUCAGAGAGCUGGCCACGUCUACAGGCAACAUGUUGGAUAACACAGAGCUGGUUCACACAUUAGAGGAGACAAAGUCAAAAGCCAGUGAGGUAUUUCAGAAACUAAAGUUGGCUCAGAAGACAUCCGUUGACAUUGAUAAACUCAGAGACGGCUACCGACCUGCUGCCAAGCGCGGUGCAAUCCUGUUCUUUGUACUGACAGAAAUGGCUCUGGUGAACAGCAUGUACCAGUACUCUCUAGCCUCCUACCUGGAGGUGUUUGACUUUUCACUGCGCAAAUCUCUGCCUGACUCUGUCCUGCUCCAAAGACUGAAGAACAUCAUGAACACUCUGACAUACAGUGUUUAUAACUAUGGCUGCACAGGUCUGUUUGAGAGACACAAGCUACUCUUUUCCUUUAACAUGACCAUCAAGAUUGAGCAGGCAGAAGGGAGGGUGCCUCAGGAGGAGUUGGAGUUCUUUAUCAAGGGUAAUCUAUCCCUGGAAAAGAGCACUCGCAAAAAGCCUUGUGACUGGCUUCCAGACCAGGGCUGGGAGGACAUAGUGAAACUCGCAGAGCUCUUGCCUGAGCAGUUUGGCUCUCUGCCUGAUGAUGUGGAGAAAAAUUCCACUGAAUGGAAGUCUUGGUAUGACUUAGAUGGCCCAGAACAGGCUCCAUUCGCCAUGAAAUAUGAAGAGAACCUGUCAGCCUUUCAGAAGCUGCUGUUGCUGCGCUGCUUCCGUGUUGAUAGGGUCUACAGAGCUGUGACAGACUAUGUCACUGUCACCAUGGGCGAGAAAUAUGUUCAGCCCCCUGUGAUCAGCUUUGAUGCAGUUUAUGAGCAGAGCACACCUUCCUCCCCCAUUGUCUUCAUCCUGAGUCCUGGCUCUGACCCAGGCAGUGAUCUCAAGAAACUAGCAGAAAGGUCAGGCUUUGGAGGCAAGUUGAAGUUCCUCGCUAUGGGCCAAGGCCAAGAAAAGGUGUGUAUGGAGAUUCUGAACACCUACCUGACCAAAGCUCACAACCAAGGAGACAGCAAUCUUCCCUGGGGAAGUCUUAAAUACCUUAUUGGGGAGGUGAUGUAUGGUGGGCGAGCCAUAGAUAGCUUUGACCGUAGGAUCCUGACUGUCUACAUGGAUGAAUACCUUGGAGACUUCCUCUUCUACAACUUCAGGUGCUUCCACUUCUUCUGCAACAAGGACGUAGAUUACAAGAUCCCUCCAAAUGGCCCAAAGAAUGUAUAUGUUGAUGAGAUUGAGACACUGCCACUGGCAAACACAUCAGAGGUAACGGGUCUUCAUUCCAACGCAGAGAUAGGAUACUACACGCAGGCAGCUAAAGACAUGUGGCGUCACCUAAUAGACCUGCAGCCUCAGACCGGUGAAUCUGGUGGAAGCAUCAGUAGGGAUGAGUACAUCAGCCAGGUGGCCCAGGACAUUCAGAACAAGCUGCCCAAGUUAUUCGACAUGGACGUGAUCCGUAAAAAGUUUGGCCCAGACGUUUCCCCAACCUCAGUGGUGCUGCUUCAAGAACUGGAGCGCUUCAACAAACUAGUAGUCCGCAUACAGCGCUCUCUGGCUGAGCUGCAGAGGGCCUUGGCUGGUGAAGUGGGAAUGAGCAGUGAGCUGGAUGAGGUCGCUCGGGCCCUUUUUAAUGGUCACAUCCCUGCCAUUUGGAAGAAGUUAGCACCUGACACCUUGAAAUCCCUCGGCAACUGGAUGAGCCACUUCCAGAGGCGUUAUGAACAGUAUAAUUGCUGGGUGGAUGUGGGAGAGCCAAAGGUUAUGUGGCUAUCAGGACUCCAUAUCCCAGAGUCCUACCUGACUGCCCUGGUCCAGGCCGCAUGCAGGAAAAAUGGCUGGCCUCUGGAUCUAUCCACACUGUACACCGAGGUGACCCAGUACCGCAGUGAGGAUGAAGUCAGUGACAGACCUGGACAGGGCUGCUUUGUGUCUGGCCUGUACCUGGAGGGAGCAGACUGGGAUAUGGAGAAGGGCUGUCUAGUGAGGAGUAAACCAAAAGCUCUGGUUGUUGAACUGCCAAUUCUCAAAGUCAUCCCUGUAGAGACACGCCGCCUCAGGCUACAGAAUACGCUGCGGACACCGGUGUACACCACGUCCUUGCGGCGGAAUGCAAUGGGUGUGGGACUGGUGUUUGAGGCAGACCUGUUCACCACCAUGCACAUCUCCCACUGGGUGCUCCAGGGAGUCUGUUUAUGUCUCAAUGCUGACUAAAGACAGCCCUCAGCCGCACUGAGCUAGUUUGCUUUCACACAGUCUAUUUUGGCAUAUUAAUUAAUAACAAUGUCUCAUGUUUGAUAGCUCUUUGAUUACAGGAUAAACAAAUACAUUUUUAUUAAAGAUUGUACAUGGUUUAUGAAAUAAACUGAUAGACACAUAAGAAAACUAGGGUAUUUUUGACUCAA